ACCAUUCUCUCCAGUACACAAAGAAAUAUUACUCAUCCUCCAUAGCCAGACCUUUCCAAGAGCAAAGCCUUCCAGCUUUUAAUCCUUUCAUGUGCAUCUCUUCCAUCACAAUGAUCGAGUGACUCUCAUCAAUCCAAUCUUAAUAUAUAGGCUUCAAUUCCAACCAAAGCCUUAUGUCACCUAUCCAAAUUUCCUGAAACGAAAUCAGCUCCUCAUCAUUUCUUCUCUUGUUCUUUCCAUCCAAACCAAGUCUUGCAGCCAAUUUCCCAUUCCAUGGCAACCAUGAAGCCCAAGGUCCCAAACUACCUCAACCUAAAGCUCCUCAUCCUAGGCUUCGUCCUACUCUUUCUCAUCCUCCUCUUACUAAGAUCCAACUCAUCUUCUCCAGCUCCACCAAGCACAUCACAAAGUAACCAAAUUAGCCCAUCAAAUGCAUUACCAACAACUUCAUGCACAAAGAUCCCACAGUCCCUGGCAAACACCAUCAUCCACUAUGCAACCUCAAACACAACUCCCCAACAGACCUUCAAGGAGAUAUCUGUGACAGCCAGAGUCCUAGAAAAGAAGGCCCCAUGCAACUUCCUGGUCUUCGGCUUAGGCCGUGACAGCCCCAUGUGGACUGCACUCAACCAUGGAGGCCGCACAGUCUUCCUCGAGGAAGACAUGUCAUGGAUGGAGACCAUCCAAGAGAAGUUCCCCACAUUGGAAUCAUACCAUGUAACGUACGAUACCAAGGUGACCCAGGCAAAUGAUCUCUUGGAGCUGAGAAGAGAACCGGCGUGCACUGCGGUCGGUGAGGUGAAAUUUUCUAAGUGUCAAUUGGCACUGAAGAGGCUACCAAGUGUGUUCUUUGAGGUGGAGUGGGACUUGAUCAUGGUGGAUGCGCCGACCGGGUGGAUCCCGGAGGCACCUGGGAGGAUGGGAGCAAUAUACACCGCAGGGAUGGCGGCGAGGGCGAGGACCGAGGGGGAGACUGAUGUCUUUGUGCAUGAUGUGGAUAGAGUUGUGGAGGAUAAAUUCUCAAAGAUCUUCUUGUGUGAGGGGUACUUGAGAGAACAAGAAGGCAGGCUCAGGCAUUUCACCGUUCCCAGCCACAGGACUGGCUCAGACAUACCCUUCUGUCCCUGAUGGAGGAAAGAAUUUGGUAUGCAGGAAGAGAUCUUACUCCUAUUCUUUUGUGUGUUAAUUCAGCAUUGUUGUUGAAGGGCACGAGAGGCUACUUGGAUCUUGAUGGAAGGGUUUUACUAUUUUGUUAUGGAUUUUAUCACAUUUACCUUGAUGAGAUUGGUGUAAGCUAGAGGCUUAUUUCACUGUUCCUUUAUUAAAAGUUUAAUGUCGGUUACAAUCCUUCAGCUAAUCAUUUAUGAGGCUGUCUAUAUGAAUUCCUCUUUCUAUAUUAAAAAUUCACAUGCCUUGCUGAUUUUGUCUUC